AUGGUUGUCCAUAUCCUUGGGAAAGGUUUUAAAGGUAAAGAGGUGGUUAGAAUAGCUUUGGCCUCGAAGUUCUAUGGUGUUGGUUUGGAGACAGCUCAAAAAAUUUGUUCAAAACUUGGAUUCUAUCCAUGGAUGAGAAUGCAUCAGUUGACAGAGCCUCAGAUCUUGGGUAUCACCAGUGAGUUGUCGAACAUGACCAUUGAAGGUAAUGCCAGAGCUGUUGUUAAGAAUAAUAUUGCAUUAAAGAGAAGGAUUGGUUCUUAUCAAGGUUUGAGACAUGCAAUGAAUCUACCUGUGAGAGGUCAAAAUACUAGAAACAAUGCACAUACAGCAAGAAGAUUAAACAGACUAGACAGAGCUGGUUGA